CUAACUUCCCUCAAAGUCGGCCAUAUUGAUCGCUAUGUAAAUCAUCUUCGGUAACUACGUUAUUUAUAACCAAAGAUAAGGAUUAAUCUUAUGAUCUAACAUGCUUGACAUGUAGAGUAAACCCUAACGAUGUGAGCAAUACGAUAUAUGGUUUCAAUGCCUAUGCCACGUCAACAACUCAGUAUGACAGACACAAUUGCCAGUCAUCGUCUUCGAAACUUCCAAGGUCUCCCAUCAACACAUCAUAAAGAUGUUACUCGGGACAAAUACAAAGACUUACGUCGGCCACGUCGGGUUCGAUUUUUCUGCAAUGGCAAUCGCUACUUUAAAGGGAAGAAAUUGUAUAUUACACCACACAGAUACUUAACUUUUAAUGAUUUAUUAAAUGAUUUGACUGGGAAGCUGCCAACCCAGAGUACAUUACCCUAUGGGGUAAGAUCAAUAUAUACACCAGUAGGGGGACACAGAGUAACAGAUAUUGAACAGUUACAAGAUGGAGAAUCCUACGUUUGUUGCGGUUUUGAAAAAUUUCAGCCUGUUAAGUAUGGUACGAAUGCUUUGGAGCCAUGGAACUCAGGUAAACAACAAUCUCAAUCCAUAGAAUACCCUGGCUAUUGGAAUUCCAUCGGGAAUGCCCCAGGUGGAGUAAAAUAUGGACCAUCAGGAUAUAGUAACAGAUAUGGACCAGGGGGGUUCGCUCCUAGUAAAUUACGACAAACAUAUCCCCAAAGGAAAUAUUACCCAGGUGGUUUCGGGGCUGGUUCCCGAUUGGACAAUAGUCAACCUCAACCACGAGGUGGCAGAUCAAAACCUAAGGUCAUUACUGUUGUUAAAAAUGGUAGUAAACGACCGAGGCAAAUGAUCAAAGUUCUGCUCAAUAGAGACAGUAUACAGGGUUAUGAUGAACUUAUGGGUGACAUAACAGGGUCUUUCCCAAAAGACAAGGGUAAAAUACGAAAGCUGUUUACCAUAAAAGGGCGUGAGGUGCAAAGUGUUAGCGAUUUCUUCCGUGAUGAUGAUGUAUUUAUUGCUAUAGGCCAAGAAAAACUGACAGUUGGUGAUGUUAAUGACAUCAUCGAAGAACUAUAUCCUGACAACCCAUAUGCCAAAAGUCUCGUCAAAGAAUGGGAGAAAAAUCGGAAAAAACCAAAACCAGUGAUAAAGGAAUACUAUCCUGAAAAUGACAAAAGAGACAGUGGGUUUGAAGACUCUGGCUCAAGCAAUAAUCAAAAAGAUGAGCCAGAGGAGAUUAUUAUUUACAAAUCAGGGUCCCCUGCUAAAGACAAUAGAUCUCCUGAGGAGCUUGCCCAAAGGGAGAAAGCUGCUCGUAUGGAUGGUGCCCGUAAAAGAGCUGCUGAAGAUGAAAGAGAAAAAGCAAGGAAACGUUAUCAGAAACAGCUAGAUGCUGAACGACGUGCACUUGAUGAUGAGCGGAGGAGAAGAGGGUUAGUGCCACUGAAAGGAAGUAAAGAUCCUUUUAAGAAACUUGAAGAUGAGAAGAGGAGGGAGUUAGCAAAACGGGAGGCUGAGCGUCAGAAAAUGCGAGACCAAGAAGAGGAUGAGCGGAGAAGGAGGCCUAGGGCUUACCCUAGAGAGGACUCUUAUGAAUCUGAUACAGAUGAAAAUGCAAAUAGGAGACGAAAACCUAGAUCUCCUUCUCCUCAAACACCACCUCCUAAAUCACCUUCCCCACCUCCCAAGGAGCCCACUCCUCCUCCAAAAGAACCAACUCCACCACCACCUAAACCUAAAAAAGAACCAAAGGGUCACAUCAAUAAAACUAAAUUUGAGCGUCAAGUUACAAGUAUGGAUAGAGUGCAAGAUAAAUACAUCAUAGGUAAAACAUUAGGUGAUGGUAACUUCGCAGUUGUAAAACAAGCUGAACUGAAGAGUACAGGAGUGAACUAUGCUAUGAAAAUCAUAGACAAGGCCAAACUGAAAGGCAAAGAACAUAUGAUUGAGAAUGAAAUUGCACUAAUGAGGGAAUGCAAUCAUCCUAAUAUUGUCAAACUGAAAGAGGAGUUUGAAACUGGGAAGAAUAUUUUCCUGGUGAUGGAACUUGUUAAGGGUGGUGACCUGUUUGAUGCUAUCACACAGAGUGUUAAGUUCAAUGAAGCAGACUCGGCCAGUAUGGUUAAAGAUCUCGCAAAUGCUCUCUUCUAUCUCCAUGCCAGAAACGUUGUACACAGAGACAUGAAGCCAGAAAAUUUAAUGGUGUGUAGGAACAAAGAUGGUAGCAUAACGUUGAAGCUUGGAGACUUUGGCCUUGCCAUGGAGGUGAAGGAACCCAUUUACACAGUAUGUGGUACCCCAACAUAUGUCGCCCCAGAGAUACUCACUGAGUCAGGUUAUGGCCUGGAGGUUGACAUGUGGGCACUAGGGGUUAUAUGUUACAUCUUGCUUUGUGGAUUUCCACCAUUCAGGAGUCCUGAUAGGAACCAGACUGAGUUGUUUGAGUACAUCAAAGCUGGAGAGUUUGAAUUCCUACGGCCAUAUUGGGAUAAAAUUUCUGAAUCUGCAAGAGACUUUAUAGAUCACCUGAUUGUCGUGGACAAGAAGAAACGUUUCAGCGCAAUAGAUGUACUCUGUCAUCCUUGGAUUCUGUCUCGGGGUGGGGCUGAUCCCCUUCCAGACAACCUCGCCAAUUUCCGAGAGAAUAGACGUGAGGAGUUGAAGAGUGAAGCUGAUAGAGUGAAGAAUGACUUCAAGAACAUCAAAUAUGACACUUAAAUGUGUGUCUCUGUAUGACACCUAAGUGUAUUUCUCAAACUGACACACAAAAAUGUUGACCUAAAGUUUUUCUUAAUGAGAAAACUUGAAACUGAGUGUCAGUAUGACCUCAGAUGAGUGUCUCAAUGUAACACACAAAUGUGUGUCUCGGUAUGACACCUAAACAUAUCUUUAGCCAGUGUAUCAUAAAGCAUAAUAUAUUUAUUAUUCAGGGGAAUAAAAAGAACAUUGAAUAUUUAUAUACUACAUGUGUAUGGAAAAUGCCCAUACUCAAAAAUCACAACAUACAUUUAUGCUAUGAUUUGUAAAUAAGUGACAAUUCAUAUCUUGCGAUUCGUGACAUUUCUAGAUAGUAGGUCAUGGAUUCCAGCUACUGUAGAUUGAUAGGUUUAGACCACAUUCACUGGUCAGUAUCAACCAGGGUAACAGCCAUAACCUUCGCAUCAAAGAUGACCAAAGACGGUGAUGCGGUAACGUUAUGUGUGUCUGUAAUGGAGAGCUAAGCUGUCCAGUAACUAUAUCACAUUGACAUAACAUGACCGUUGUCAUGACCAGUCAUCUUCCCUUAAGAGGUGGAAGAUAUUGUUGAAUUGUGGCGCCCAAGCACGAUAUAUGAACAAAUUAUCACACUCUAGGGUUCCCAUGUCAUAUAAGCUUGGUUUGGUUCAAAUAUUAAAGCAUAACGUCAACUAUAAAGUAGUUUAAUUCCGAAUCGAUGAAAUCUAAAAAUAUCGAAAUCGACAAUUACCGUCCGCCAUCUUUGAUGCGAAGGUUACGCCUGUUACCUUCGCUUGAUACUGACCA